CAGCAAGCUUUAGGAACUGUUUACUAGCUACGUAGUUACACAACGGUAGACUUGUAUUCUAGUCUGCAAGUAACACAGAACAUGGCUCAAAGAGGCCGUCCCAAGCGGUGGCAUUUCGCUGAACCUUAACGCAGCUAUCUACCCAGCAGCAAGGAGUUUCGCUUGUUGAAUGUACAAACUUUUGCUAUUCAACGACUUGCAUACGCCUUUAACAACUGAAAGACACAUUUCUAUUCCAACAAAGAUUCACACAGCAUGAAGUAUAUCCAGUCACCACUUCCGUAUCUAGUGUCGUUGCGCGCGCACUUUCGCUUUAUCGGCCCAGUUGCAGCCUUCGCUCGUCAUCAGCUUGGCGAAACUUCCAAGCGGUUCUGCCGAACGCAAAAGCCUGAGGCUGGUCGCAGUCAGCUACAUGCGCUUGCAAGGGCCUCAUAUAGUACCCGGCAGGAUAAAGCUGGACGCACAUCAGCAGUUGGGACGGACUGCUUGCCUCCUGGAGCGCGCCCUGGUGACCCUUGGCUACUGGAGCACGUACGGAUACUGCUGCAGUACACCCACUCCGUGCCGCCUGGUGCUCACGCAAGCAGUGCAGUGGCCAUAUCGUUGCUAGGUUGGUCGCAUCUGCCGGACCCGGACAAGAUCCUUUGGAGGCGUGUGAAGCGAAAGCUCGGCAUUGUGCGGAACCUGCUGUCGCACGGCAGGGACCCGCUGGAUGAUUCCCGCGGGCUGCGGCAGCCAGAUAGGUACCACUGGAGAAGAUGGCUCGCGCUGGUAUUUCAGCGCCUCCCUAACUGUGAGGGCACCAUGCCCGAGGUUGCAGCCCUCGUAGAGGCAGACCCCGAGAUUGCACCCCACCUGGACAAAGCCAAUCCCAAUCCGCGCUUCACCUCGAUGCCUCGCUGGCGCAGCAACAUGGCAAACAGGUUCUAUAGCUUACCUGAGAUCAUUAACACCGGCAAGAAACGCGAUGGCUGCUACGUGUACCGAUGGGACGAGGAGAUUGCCCGGCGGGUGCGGGAGGGCGAAGCUAGUGGGGAGGGUUUGACGGCCGGCGAUGGAGGGGCGCGGCAGCAAAAGUAGCAGAAGGAGCAGCAACGACAGCUGAGGAUGAGAAAGUUGGGUUUGAGGUGAAUGCCGCAAUGACCAAAGACCCAGGAACCGGCGGACCACCAUGUUGGGACGGGGGGUAAGGAGCGCCUGCAAUCAAGAGGGGGGUGCAGGUAAGGUGGAUAACGAGGAAGUCCUGAGGUGAUUUGAGCCUUGAGGGAGGCUUGUGUGGCCGCUUUCUGGCAAGCAGGCCCUUUCUGCAUCUACAGUAUGGUGAAUGUGCCAUGCGUCUGUUUCUACUGCUCUAUACGACAGUCGCUCGACUGCCUGGACAAGUUAUUAUGCCCUAUCAUUUCCGUUUGUAUUAAACGUACUGAGCCGUUCAUGUGUACAUAGGGUACACUGGGGCAAGGAUGCCGUACAGUGUUGCCGUACGUUGCGGCUGACCAGGAAUCUAGCAUAGGCGUACGCCAAGCUCUUUUCAUAGUUUAAUUUUCCCUCACUCAAGGUAGUGCGUAGGCUUCUUCGAAUUUUCCGCAAUGGUUAGCUGUGCAUUUCGGGUUGCGGAAUGCAUGCGUGCUAGAUGCUUGCAGCGUACCGGUUCUAACUACAAAGUCUUCAUGCGUGUAAACCAUGACGUUUGGGGCCGUAAUAAGAUAGUGUGGUUUUGCGGGCUUUGGAUUAAUGCUGAAGGCUGGAUAAUCUGGGAGAAUGUACGGCAGCCAUACUUGAAGAUAGUGUUGUCAUGCCCUUCCUCUUGCAAAGUGCAUGUGUAACCAAUUGACGCCAUUCAA